AUGAGACUUACCGAAGACGAGGUCAUGGUGUCAUUCGACGUCACGUCUCUUUUCACUUCGAUCCCGCAAGACCUGGCAAUCGAAACGGUCAGCGAGCUGCUCCAGAGUCAGUACGACGAGACGGACGUGACGGUAAAAAGGAGACAUCUCGUCCAAUUGCUGAGAUUCUGCCUGAAGACGUACUUUACCUUUGAAGGCACGACCUACGAGCAGGUCAAGGGGACGCCAAUGGGAUCGCCUCUCUCGGGCUUCAUCGCAGAGUCAGUUCUCCAAAAAGUAGAGACCCUCGUUUUCUCAACCUAUAAGCCGAAAUUUUGGGCUCGAUAUGUCGAUGAUACCUUCGUUAUCAUUAAGCGGCAAAUGGUCAAGGAAUUCCAUGAUGUCCUGAACUCUGUUUUCCCUGACAUCCAGUUCACAAUGGAGGCGGAAGCCAACAAUCAACUCCCGUUCCUGGACGUUCUCGUCCAUCGAAAACCCAAUGGGCACCUUACAACGACGGUAUAUAGGAAGGCCACUAAUACGCGCCAAAUCCUGAGCUUCCACAGUAAGCACCCGUUAGGCCACAAACGCAGUUGUGUGCGAACACUCUACAGAAGGGCAGAAACACACUGCAGCGAGCCGGAUCGCAGAAGGUCAGAACUACGCUACCUCCAGCGCCUCUUCAUGGCCAACGGGUAUCCUCGCAACUUCAUCGAACGCGGCAGACAGGCCGGACCGAGCCGACGUUUGGUGACAGAACAACCAACAAUAUGGCGGGCGCUUCCAUACAUCGACGGCGUUUCUGAGGCCGUCUCGCGUCUCUUAAGACCGCUGGGGAUCGGCGUCGCCCACCGACCGCAGUCAACAAUUCGACAUCUGGUCAUGAGACCUAAGGCCCCUCUGCCACUAGGUGAAACCACGAACGUCAUCUACCGGAUCCGGUGUAACUCCUGCGAAGUCAACUACAUUGGGGAGACCGGCAAACGGCUACAGACUCGUGUUGGAGAACACAUGAGGGCAGUAAGGCGAAUGGACCCUUUGUCUCUGGUGGCCGAACACUGCGCCGAUGCCGGACACACGUUCGCCUUUCAGGAAGCCGAAAUUCUGGGCCGGGGAAACGAUCGCAUAGCCAGGGAAACAAUCGAGGCUUGGCACACGGGGACAACCUCCAUCAACCGCUGUGUGGCUCUUCCCGCUUCCUAUCAAGCCCUUCGAGCGCA